ACAUCGUCGAUCUCAACUAUAAAGACCCCUUGGCCUGCGCCUCAGCCAGGGCAGUCAAAUUGGCGAACUGCUCAUUCUGUGUGGGUUGUAUCCAAUCAUAGCAAAGAUCAACCCCUUGUAUUACCCUUUCCGGUUAUAUUUAAAUCCUCCUAGACUCUUUAUUUUAGAUGCCUAGCCCACGGAUCGAUUCUAUACGCUGAUGUAAACGAUGUACCUAGACAGCCUCCGCUGUGAUACCUAUCAGUAGUCGCAGCAGGAACACAGCCAUGGUGAUCUCUCCAUCGGUAACGUGUGGUUAGCUGUUUUCAUUCCACGACUAACAAUGAGCUGAAGGACUUAAUUCAGCCUGACAUCCAGGUAUUCCAAAAUGUGUAAAUAUCUCUAGACUUUCAUAUUUCAUAUUCUGUCACAUUUUCAUUAUCUAGAGUGGAAAAAAAAAAAAAAAAAAAAGAAAGGCUUAUAUCAAAUAUGGCGGGAAUAGCGAAUAUCUUCACAAAACGGAUAACUCACCUCGUCGCCUUAUUCUUGGUUGCGGCCGCUUUCGCAUUACUCCUAGUCACUAAUGCUACGGCACCCGUAAAUCACCACCUAGCAUUAUUCACAGCGUGGAAUCCCUAUCGUGGAUACAAUGAGGGUAAUCCCGCCAUCCGCUUCGGCACAUACGGCUAUUGCUGGCAGGUCUACAUGGUCUCCGUAGACUCCGGAUUUACUACUUCGCACCCCACACCCGACAGAUGCACAUCCGCAGGCAUCGGAUACGACCCGGUAACAGCCCUGAACAGCAUCUCCGACGUAGGACCAACCGGUACCACCACCGAACGCUCUCUUACCGAGGCUAUGGUCAUACACCCUCUUGCCACAGCAUUCGCUUUCCUAACUCUCGUCUCCUCCCUCUUCCCCACGCGCAUAAUCCCCGGCAUCGUUAGCCCUGCUGUCGGCAUCUUAACUACAGUCCUGGCUUUAAUAGCAGUAGCUUGCGACUUCUCACUCUUCCGAAGUCUCAAGAAGCGUCUCCAAAACGAAGGUCUCGCGCAGGGGAAGUACGACACUGGCAUCUGGCUCUUACUCGUAGCCUUCAUAUGCUUAGUCCUCGCCACUCCCCUCCUAACCGGACGAUGGUUAGCCAGCCGACGGGAACCCGCCGCUACGGGAGCGAACGAGUAUGAAAUGAAGGACUCGGAAGAAGGACAUACUUACAGAAGCUCUCCCGCGGUCAGCGCCGUACCACCGUAUGAAGUCGCGGAUAAACCUGGAUGUGCGGAGUUAUCGCAGGGCAAUGGAUCGGAUCGACAUGAAUUGACUGGACAGGAUAAAGGACGUGUUGAAUUGGAAGAACAGAAGGCUAGACGGUUUGAGUUAGGAGAUACAUGUCCUCAUGCUCAGACGACGAACGAGGCGUGGGGUGAGAUUUGAAAAGUGUUUAAUUAUUUGAUUUAUGUGUCACAAGUUACUAUUAUCAUCUUCUAUUAAGCGAUUUAUUCAUAAACACAUAGACAUCGAUACAAAAGCAGUUAUAAGGAACAUAAUCGAUUU